AUGAGCUUGAGAACACCCAUCGACAGACUUUCGUUUUUGGAAUUGAUAGAUCCCUCGUCGCUUUCUUACAUUGAUUUCUCCAGAAAGACCCUUGAUAAGGUGAAAAAGAGCACCAAGAACCUCAAGGAGAAGGCUGCAAAAAUCAAAAUUUCCAACGACGAGUUCAACAUCCUCAAGACUCGACUCUCCAAGAAGAUCGAUGAGUUGGACGACAACUUGAUGGCAAGAUUGAAUGCCUCGAAGACUGAAAAAUGGUUCUAUGCUUUCUCUCUAUACUCUAUCUUUUUUGCUGGUUAUUUGAUUGGCAAACACCCUAGUUUUUUCCACAUCUACUACUCCAUCUUGUUUACAAUCCUAAUGCCCAUCAGACUAUACAGCUACUGGAAAAGAGACUUUAACUACUUCCUAGCCGAUUUAUGUUAUUAUGUCAACACUUUGGUCAUGCUCUUUAUAUGGGUUUUUCCCAGCUCUGAACAUUUAUAUAUGGUGUGUUUUUGCUUCACGUAUGGCACUCUAGCCUGGGCUGUUAUCACCUGGAGGAACUCUUUGGUGCUACACUCAAUCGAAAAGACAACUAGUUCUUUCAUCCAUUUAAUGCCUCCCGUCACAUUAUUCGUCAUAACUCACGAACUAGAUAAGGAAUUCAAAUCAGUACGAUUCCCUGGUGCUGCUAGCUUCAAUUACAAUGACUGGAACCUUUGGAAUGGAAUUCUCUGGACCUCCUCCUACUAUUUGAUCUGGCAGUCGCUUUACCACUACUUUAUCACAAUCAAAAGAGCCGAAAAGAUCAAAAAGGGGAAAGUCAACUCUUUCACUUGGUUGAGAAAGUCUUAUUCAAACACUGCACUCGGAAAAUUGGUCAACAACUUGCCUGAACCAUUGCCUGUUUUCGCAUUCACCUUGAUCCAGUAUGGCUACCAGUUGAGCACGAUGUUGCUCUGUCCAUUUUGGUUGCAAUCAAAGAGAGCUGCCUCCAUCUUCAUGACCCUCAUCUUUGUCAUAGCGUGCUACAACGGGGCCACCUAUUACAUCGACAUCUUUGGCAAAAGACUAGAAAAGGAGGUUAAGAGAUUGCAAAAGGAAAUUGCUGAGUUGCAAGCUGAACAUCUCACCAAUGCCAGCAGCCAGAACUCCAGCUCCUCCUCCCUCAACGACAGCAAAAAGGACGACUAG